GCCUUCUCCACUCCGCAGUCCUUAUUUCAACCGCCUCUGCUCAGUGCAUUCCUUUCAUCGAGUAGAUUGUUGAGAUUUUCAAUCAAUCAUGGACUCACACUGGAAUCUCGGCCACGAAUUCGCUGCAUGGGAGGCGGCCGGAGUGCCGCCGGAGUACUCUGGAGACCCGAAACCUAUCCACCUCUAUCCUAUAUCCAAUUCCAAGAGAAGCCGCCGGGCUGCCCAGAAGAAGGUGGUGUCGGUCCCCGUGGGCGACGCAGAGGGAGUCCGUGCCGGCGAGGCGUUCCCGCCCUCGGACUCGUGGUCUUGGAGGAAGUACGGACAGAAGCCCAUCAAAGGUUCCCCCUUUCCCAGAGGCUACUACCGGUGCAGUAGCUGGAAGGGUUGCCCGGCGCGGAAGCAUGUGGAGCGCGACCGGCUCGAUCCUGGCGUGCUCCUCGUCACCUACUCUUUCGACCACAAUCACCCCUGGACUAAUCCUACGGCCGGCCGCAGCCGCCUCCACCACAAGCAAAAGCCUCAGGCAGCGGAUCCCCAUCCUCCGCCGCUGAAGGGGGAGGAGGAAGAUCCCGGGACACUACCGGUGGCCGAUGCCGAAGACGGGUUCCGGUGGUUCUCCGACAUGGCCUCCCCUUCCUCCACCUCCGCCGGCUCUGAUGAACUCCUCUUCGGUUCCAUCCUCUUCGACGGGAUCGAAACAGCGGCGGAAGGGGAGGCUGAUGAGAGGACGGAGGCGGCUGGGGAGGAAGGGGAGGACGCGAUGUUCGCGGAGCUGGAAGAUCUGCCGGAGUACUCGCUGGUGCUCCGCAGGGGACAGGCGGCGCCGUCGUGGAUCAGACCAACCGGUUAAAUAUUGGCCGUUGAUUGCGGCCAGGCAAUUUCUUAGCGGCGUGUGAUUGGCUUAAGUUAUCUGGGUUUCUGACGUAUGCACAAUUCCCCCUCCCUUUGUUACUUUUUUUUAAUUUGACUUGACUUGUCCUAUUUUCGUGGAUACUUCGCGAAUUUGAAAAAUAAUUUUAAAAACACUGUUAAAUUAGUGGUGUAUUUAUUUGGUUACCAGUGUUUAUAUA